AUGCAGAUGCCUGCCAUCUUUACGCAGCAAAAUGCUCGUGAAGAGGGAAUGAAUGAAGAAAGGCGCCAACGUGAACUUGAACGUCUCCAGGCUGCCGCUCGGGAGAAGAACACUGUUGUUGUGUACGCAUGGACUCAGAAUGGUGUUGAGCCCAUAAUUUAUGAAUUUCAAGACGGCUUCAAACUACCCAGCUUCUACUUCACACUCUCCGUCCUCCAGAAAUUAUGCAUGACGUCUGAGGACCCUGAUAUUCCCGCUCCUGCAAGGAUUGCUCCUAUCCAGCGGUACAACCGCGCCCUCGACACAUGGACACGGUUUGAUGUGGGCCACAUGGUCACUCUGCAUGAGUGCGAUGCUGGCAUCCUCUUUGUGAGGGAUGCACGUGUCAGGGAGUGUGUGGACUUUGACCGGCACCUUCACAGACUGACACGCCCAGUAAGCGCUAACCUCAUGACAGACUUGACAAGUGAACGGAAGUAUGUGCGUGCUGCAUCUCUUGCACGGAGCUCACGUACACCAUCUCUACCUCCUACCAAUCCUGCACCACAUACUCGC